AAUCAAGGAUUUUGGAAACCAGAAGUAACAGAAAUUGUGCUAUUAAUAAGGAGGAGGAAAAAAAAAAAAAAGAGAGAGAGGCAAGAAAUCCAGCGACCAUGGGCCAGCGUGGCUUCCUAGCAUGUACUUUCUGUUCUCUCUCCUUUUUCCCAAGGUAAUUGCAGUCUGCCGAGAGGGAGUUAAAUGGGAUUAAAAGAUCUGUGUAAGCAAAAGGACCCAGAAGAGAAGGAGGAAGGAGUGAGCCGUCCGGGCCAGGGGGUGUCUUUGACACAGCUGAGCCCCUUAGAGAGGCAGAGAGCUGAGCUCCCGGGAAGGAUGUACCCACAAACCGGCCUGUUCCCCUUUUUCUGAUGGAUUGCUGCAAAAAUUGCCCGAAAGAGACAAUGCACUAAACGUGAUGGAGCCGGAAUCAGAGCCGGUCUCCAGACUCAGAGCUACAGCAGCAGGCAGGGGGGGAUUCUGCUUUGUCUGGACUGUGUUAUGUUUUAGCUGGUUCCUGGGAUUCACACAGGGAAACUCUGAAGAUGUGGAUGUUCUUCAGAGGCUGGGCCUGGGAGGGAGAAGGCCGUCGAGCGGACUGUCCUUAUCACAUGCCAUUCCUCAAGGGGUCAUUCCUCUCAAAUCAGGGGUUAUCUUUACUCAGCGAGCACGCGUCGAAGCGCCCAUCAGCACCAUCUUCCCUGCAGGCUCCAGCACUGACCUGCUCCUAGUGUUGAGCCUGUGCUCCCACCGCAUCAACAACGCUUUCCUCUUUGCAGUCAAGAGCAAAAAGAAAAAACUGCAGCUGGGGGUUCAGUUUGUGCCUGGGAAGAUAAUAGUGUACGUGGGCCACAAGCGCUCUGUAUAUUUUGAUUACAAUGUUCACGAUGGCCAGUGGCACAAUAUGGCCAUCAAUAUCCGUGGCCAGACAGUCACUUUAUUUACUUCUUGUGGGAAGCACAGAGUACAUGCGGAUUUGCAUUCUAAAAAGGAUGAGGCAUUGGAUCCACAUGGGUCUUUCCUCUUUGGGAAGAUGAACCAUCACUCCGUGCAGUUUGAAGGAGCCAUCUGCCAGUUCGAUAUUUAUCCUUCCGCCAAGGCAGCUCAUCAUUACUGUAAAUACCUGAAAAAACAUUGCAGGCAAGCAGACACUUACCGGCCAAACCUUCCCCCGCUCAUCCCCAUCUUGCCCAGGGAUCCCAGUGCCUCCCCAGGUACUCCACAGCAUAUGGAGCCCUCGCUUCAGGGUCUGAAAAACUUGACCACUGCCACCCCAUCCUUGGCGUUCGGCAGGGUCACCGCACCCCUCAAGACUCGGGGUUCAGGUGCUACAACUGCCUUGGUCUCACCGCAGCCGCCACUUCCAAGACAGACAACCAAAGCCACGAAGGUUGCAGUGGCCCCAUCUCCCUCUCCAUCGAGUCCUGGGACACAGCCGCCCGCCCGUUCGCUGUCUCGGGGGACGGUGACGACCCUCAGGGUGUCUCAGCCAACUUCCAACACGCACACGGAGAAAACUCCCCUGCCUGGUGCCAAAAACACCCUGCCAGCAAGCCCAAGCCCUGCCACGACCAGCAGGAAAGAGACCAAGCAAGAGACCAAAAAGAUCAACCAAAAAUCAACCAGCAAGUCCUCUGAAGCACCCAGUACUGUAAAGCCUACCAGGAGGAGGACUGACAACACAACCAGCAGCGUCCACUUUGUCACCCUGAAGCAAACCCCACAGACCCCAACCGCCGGGCCCCUUCCAAAGAAGCACGUGUCACCCCCCACCAGGAAAGGGGAUCCUGGCAAUGUCCCUCUGGUGUACACCAAGCCACCCCUAGGGGCUGCCCGUCCUGUCUCCAGAGCCCAGGCUCAGGCCUUCAACCUCACCACCCCAGCUGCAACCGAUGGCUAUCAGAUCUUCGACCCCCUUGGGCCCACUCCGUUUCCAUUUUUACUGGGAUACCCAGGAGUGAAAGGAGACAGAGGACCUCAGGGUCCACCAGGUCUGCCGGGCUUACCAGGACCACCAGGCAAGAGGGGUUCUCGAGGUCCUCCGGGUCCCCACGGAAACCCUGGUUCACCUGGACCCCCAGGCCUGAAAGGUCAGAAAGGUGAUCCUGGGCUGUCGCCUGGAAAAGCUCGCAGAGGACCAAAGGGAGAUGUGGGCUUACCUGGUCUGACUGGGUUCCCUGGGCCACCUGGUAGAAAGGGAUACAAAGGCUACCCUGGACCACCAGGUCACCCUGGAGACCAGGGUGAACGAGGACCAGCCGGCAGCCCUGGUGCCAAAGGUUAUCCUGGCAGGCAGGGCUUACCUGGCCCCAUAGGGGAAGCUGGUCCAAAAGGCAGUCGGGGAUAUAUUGGUCUUCCAGGAUUAUUUGGGCUCCCAGGGGCUGAUGGAGAACGAGGGAUCCCUGGAGUUCCUGGGAAGAGGGGCAAGAUGGGUAGGCCGGGUUUUCCUGGAGAUUUUGGGGAACGAGGACCUCCAGGCAUCGACGGGAACCCAGGAGAAUUGGGAGCCCCAGGUCCUCCUGGAGUCCUUGGACUCAUUGGUGACAUGGGCUCUGUUGGACCUAUUGGUUAUCCAGGACCAAAGGGCUUAAAGGGGCUGAUGGGAAACCCUGGAGAACAUGGACUGAAAGGUGAUAAGGGUGAUCAGGGAGGAGCAGGUCUUCCAGGAGAUAUUGGCUUCCAAGGAGACAAGGGUAGCCAUGGUUUGCCUGGGGUUCCUGGGGCACGAGGGAAACCAGGCCCUGUGGGAAAAGUUGGUGACAUAGGUCCGAUGGGGUUUCCAGGACCACCUGGCCCUGAGGGCUUCCCAGGGGACAUCGGCCCACCGGGAGAAAACGGCCCCGAAGGCCCAAAGGGGAAGCCGGGAGCGCGGGGUUUACCUGGGCCAAGAGGGCUGCCUGGACAAGAGGGAGAUGAAGGACCCUUAGGACCAUCGGGAGUCCCUGGUUCAGAGGGUCGACCUGGCCGGAAGGGAUUUCCAGGAAGACCUGGUCCUGACGGUCCCAAGGGCGAGCCAGGAAACCACGGCCGGCCAGGGAAAGUUGGUGAGCAGGGUCUAAUGGGAUUCAUUGGUCCAGUAGGGGAGCCUGGAAUAGUGGGAGAAAAGGGUGACCGUGGCUCAGUGGGACCUCCAGGCCCUCCUGGAGUCAAGGGGUCGAUGGGGCACCCUGGGAUACCAGGAGCAGUGGGUUUUCCCGGAAUUCCUGGACCAGCAGGUCCGGCAGGAGCCCGUGGUGCACCAGGGAUCAGAGGGGUGAAGGGCCGCCGGGGUGCCAGAGGGCCUGAUGGACCAGUAGGCGAGCCAGGGUCACGAGGUGCCAAGGGCCGUCCAGGGGAGCCAGGCAAGCUGGGGCCAGAUGGGCUGCAGGGGAAGAUGGGUGAGACUGGGGAGACAGGAUCCCGUGGCUUUCCAGGUAUCCAAGGGCCUUCUGGACCUCCAGGAGCAAAAGGGGCACCAGGCGACCCGGGUCCACAAGGACCACAGGGACCACCUGGACCUUUGGGAGAAAUGGGCCAUAAGGGACCGCCUGGCCCAAUGGGACAACCUGGCCUCCCAGGUGAACCUGGCAUGAAGGGUGAUCCUGGCCAGCUGGGAGUUCCUGGAGAGCAAGGCCUCAUUGGUCAAAGAGGAGAAAUGGGGCUGGAAGGGGACAGUGGGCCAGCCGGUCCAGACGGAGCCAAGGGAGACAAAGGAGAGCAAGGCCUGGAUGGAGAGAAAGGAGAAAAAGGCACUGAAGGGAUGAAGGGAAAAGAAGGGCCUCCUGGAUAUCCCGGCAUCACAGGUGUCCGAGGACCAGAAGGGAAACCAGGAAAACAGGGGGAAAAGGGCAAGCCUGGCCAGAAGGGCAGCAAGGGCUACCAGGGGCAGCUUGGCGAGACAGGACCUCCAGGGAAGGAGGGGCCGAAGGGGAACCAAGGCCCUAAAGGAUCCCGAGGUACCCUGGGACCUAUGGGUGCUCCAGGAAGGAUGGGUGCUCAGGGGGAGCCUGGCUUGAAAGGUUACCAGGGACACGCAGGACCACCAGGGCCAAUUGGACCACCGGGGCCGAAGGGUGAGAAGGGAGAACAAGGUGAUGACGGGAAGGUGGAAGGCCCACAGGGACCACCCGGAGACAGAGGUCCUGUUGGUGACAGAGGAGAUCGAGGGGAGCCUGGAGACCCUGGUUAUCCUGGCCAAGAAGGGCUUGAUGGAGAAAGAGGAAAACCUGGACAGCAAGGCUUACCUGGGAAUCCUGGACCACCAGGCCAGCCAGGAGCAAAGGGAUCCAAAGGUGAUGUGGGUCAAAAAGGAAAGCAAGGAGCACGAGGCAGUGCAGGGAGCAGAGGCUCACCGGGCAUCCUUGGGCUACCUGGUCCUCGAGGAGUGGUGGGAAGGCAGGGCCAAGAGGGUGCUCCUGGAGUGGAUGGAGUGCCUGGGAAGGAUGGCGUGCCUGGGGUGCUGGGAGAGCAGGGAGAUGAUGGGGAAGAAGGAGUAACAGGGAUGGCCGGCAAAAGAGGGAACCCCGGCGUGCCAGGACUGCCUGGGGCACAGGGACCACCAGGGUUCAAGGGUGAAAGAGGAUUGCCUGGACAGACCGGCCAAACAGGGAAGCGAGGAUCAGUGGGAGGAAUGGGCCUCCCAGGGAGCCCUGGCGAUCCAGGAGCCAAAGGCCAGCCUGGAGACUUUGGGGAGGCAGGAUUCCCAGGGAUUGCGGGCAUCUUUGGGCCAAAGGGACCACCAGGAGACCCCGGUUUCAAAGGCAUUCAGGGACCACGUGGCCCACCUGGCCUCAUGGGAAAAGAAGGAAUUAUUGGUCCGCUUGGCAUUCUGGGUCCCACGGGAAGCCUGGGGCCGAAGGGGGACAAAGGCAGCCGUGGGGACAUGGGGUUUCAGGGCCCAAGGGGUCCUCCAGGCCCACGAGGACAGCCUGGCCCUCCGGGACCGCCUGGAAUUUCAGCUUCGUUUCAACAAGAUGGCUUUGGGGCCGCCUUCCAGACACUGAUGGACUCCAACACGGCGCUCAAGACAGAGGGUUACCAACAUCCAGACCUUCUCAUGCUGGACCAUGGAGGGGAGAUCUUUAAGACUCUACACUACCUCAGCAACCUCAUUCAGAGCAUCAAGAGACCCCUGGGCACCAAGGAAAACCCCGCACGCAUCUGCCGAGACCUCAUGAACUGUGAACAGAAGAUGAAGGAUGGUACCUACUGGAUCGACCCAAAUCUCGGCUGCUCCUCAGACACCAUACAAGUCAUCUGCAACUUCACCAAUGGUGGACAGACGUGUCUCAGCCCCAUCACGGUCUCCAAGCUGGAUUUUGACAUCGGCAGAGUCCAGAUGAACUUCCUGCGCCUGCUGAGCUCUGAGGUGGUGCAGCACAUCACCAUCCACUGCCUGAACACCUCUGUCUGGAGGGAGGGCUCUGCUGAGAAACCUUCGCAGAAAGCCGUGCGCUUCAAGGCGUGGAACGGGCAAAUGUUUGAGGCAGAGGGGAAGCUCAAGCCGGAGGUGGCAGCUGAUGAUUGCAAGAUCAAGGAUGGACGCUGGCAUCGGACUCUCUUUUCCUUUCGGACGCAGGACACCCAGCAGCUGCCGAUCGUCAACAUCUACAACCUUCCCCCAUCCGAGCCAGGAAAGCAAUAUCACCUCGAGGUCGGCCCCGUGUGCUUCCUUUGAGCAAUGCCAUCAACCCGGGCUCCAAGGCUUUGACCCCACUUCUGGCCUAUGUCUUUACACAGGGUCUCUGCAGCAAGGACAGCUGGGCUGUAUCUUUUGGGUCAACUCUUGCUCUAGCCUUUGGCUCAAGGCCUCAAACAACCCGUGAUCUACUGAACUCAGCAGGUUGUUGAAAGGAGGAAAACGAAGGACGUAGGGAAGCGGGUGUCAGCUGGGACGUGACCGGUGCAAAGGGAUCAGGGGACGAGGUGUCGCGCGGUUCCACAUACAAAGCUUUUUCCAUGACCAAAGAAGAAAACGUUGAGAGAAACCUCAAGCAACUCGCAGCAUGUGGUUUCCCCACCCUCCCCCCCUAUU